AGGAGCUUUCCGCCAAAUGCUUGGGGUGGUUUCGUCCCCCUGAGCAGCUCUUUCAGCUGAAGUCUCUGUCUUUGCGCUACCUGCUGUGCUUUCUCUCUGUUCCGAGCAGGAUCCGAGGGAUCAGGCCCUUCUCUUUAUCUGCUGCUGUCAGAGCCGUCUUAGGAGUGGGUAGCUGGGGAGACGACGGUGGGAAGCAGAAGCUCACCCUGCAGAACGUGGCAGAGCUGGUUCGGAAGAAGGAGUGCCACCGAGUAGUGGUGAUGGCUGGCGCUGGCAUUAGCACCCCCAGCGGCAUCCCGGAUUUUAGGUCCCCGGGGAGCGGCCUCUACAGUAACCUUGAGCAGUACAACAUCCCUUACCCAGAAGCCAUCUUUGAACUGAACUAUUUCUUUCUCAAUCCGAAGCCCUUCUUCACUUUGGCCAAGGAGCUCUACCCUGGCAAUUACAGACCCAACUACGCCCACUAUUUCCUGAGGCUCCUGCAUGACAAGGGACUUCUCCUGCGCCUCUAUACUCAGAAUAUUGACGGGCUGGAGAGAGUUGCUGGGAUCCCUCCUGAUAGACUGGUAGAAGCCCACGGCACCUUUGCCACUGCCACCUGUACCGUCUGUCGAAGGACAUUCGCAGGAGAGGACUUUAGGGGGGACGUCAUGGCAGACAAGGUCCCUCACUGUCCUGUCUGCACUGGAAUUGUCAAGCCUGACAUUGUGUUCUUUGGUGAGGAGCUCCCGCACCGCUUCUUCCUGCACGUGACCGACUUCCCCAUGGCAGACCUGCUUUUCGUCAUUGGAACGUCCCUGGAGGUGGAGCCCUUUGCCAGCCUGGCAGGCGCUGUUCGCAGUUCCGUUCCCCGAGUCCUGAUCAACCGGGACCUCGUAGGACCGUUCGCCUGGCAGCAACGUUACAACGACAUAGCCCAGCUGGGGGAUGUGGUCAGUGGGGUCAAGAAGCUGGUGGAGCUACUGGACUGGAAUGAAGAGAUGCAAACACUAAUUCAGAAGGAAAAAGAAAAGCUGGAUGCAAAAGGCAAAUAGGACAGCUGGCUUCCUGCUGCUGGAAAACGAUGUUCACCUUGAAAGAGAGAUGUUGUCAUGCCCAGCAUAGGUAGAGAAGAGAAAGCCCAGCAGGGAGCUGUCAAGAGGCUCUGCAGCAGCCAACGUACAUAGGACUGGCAGUCUGGGGAGGAGGGGAUGCUUGUGGCUGAAUCCAGCCGCCCCGCAAGUAGAGCAAAGAGGCCUUCACCCAUAAAGGAAGCGGAGACUGAAUGCCAAGCUGCAAACUGGUUCUGAUAUUUUGGAACAGUUUAAUAGUCACUGCACCCCGAUCCCUCCUAGCCUCACCUCAUCACAGCGCCCCUUAGUUGAGACUUCCCUCUUCUCUUCAGCAGCUCUGGCUUUGUCACCCAGUUGGUGCACCACCUGAAGAUGCUGUUGUCCAGCCAUGAGAUGUUUGCCAUUAAGCAUGGCCAGGAGCUCACUGACUGUCCUGCAGGACUUGCGCAACACGAUGGAUGAGAUCUGCAUAUGCAGCUUGUGGUUUGGGUCUCCCUCUUCUCUAGCCGUCCACGCUCAAAGACCCACAGAGGGCCUGAUUUUCAAAGACUGGGUGUUGCAAAAGCUACAAAGGUCAGACCUUAUGGCAGGCCAGAAGUUAAGCAGCCACAAUCACUUUCAGAGUCUGGAGUUUUCAAGCUGCCUACACUGGACUGAGCAUCUACCAGCUCCUUUCAUAGCUCCUCCACAGACGUUUUUCAUUCGUCAUGAUCUUUCUGUUGCUGCAGACAUGUAGUGUUUAUUCUUUGGAUCAAAUCUCUGCUAAUCAGGAGACAAAUGCUAUCAACGUGCCUGCCCCCCAUGCCAGCUGAGCAAGGCCAGCUCAAGCUGCUGGAAGCUCUGACUGGAACAAUUUUGAAUCAUUGUAGAGUUAAUUAUUUGAUAAUAAAAAGAGUUCUAAUUCUUUUGCCAAA